GGCCCCGCCUCCCGGGGGCAGGCGUUGGGCUGCGCCGCGGAGCGGCGGGCGCGGCCGCGGGCGGGGUCGUACCGGUGCCAUGGCGGAGAGCGACUGGGACACGGUCACGGUGCUGCGCAAGAAGGGGCCUAGCGCGGCCCAGGCUAAGUCCAAGCAGGCGAUCCUCGCGGCCCAGCGGCGCGGGGAGGACGUGGAGACCUCCAAGAAGUGGGCAGCAGGCCAGAACAAACAACACUUCAUUACAAAGAACACAGCCAAGCUCGAUCGGGAGACAGAAGAGCUGCACCAUGACAGAGUUCCCCUGGAGGUGGGCAAAGUGAUCCAGCAAGGCCGGCAGAGCAAGGGCAUGACCCAGAAGGAUUUGGCCACUAAAAUCAAUGAAAAGCCGCAAGUUAUCGCUGACUACGAGUCGGGACGAGCCAUCCCCAACAACCAGGUCAUGGGCAAGAUCGAGAGAGCCAUCCGCCUUAAACUGCGUGGGAAGGAUAUUGGAAAACCACUGGAAACCGGCCCCAAAGGGAAAUGACAACAAAGCCUCGAAAUCAGUUUGUUCAGACUGAUCUCGUCUGGCUGGUUCUCCUUAACCACCAGGAGCUCUCUUCAUAUUGUCAAGCUGAACAAGAGGGUUUCAGACUUGCUUCGGGGGGGGAAAUCUGCUGAAUCUGUACCUGCUGUAAAAAAGCAACCUUAAAGAAGCAAUUCUUCUGAUUGUGUUUUUCCUUCCUCCUUUCCAGAGAUUGAGGAACUAAACCCCCCCAAAUACAGUAUCUGAUUUGGCAGAACCCAUGUGCGUCUUGGUGUUUAGAGCUAAUGUUAAAGCACUUGGGGUGGUCUGAAAUGCAAUCACUUAAUUGGAACAAUUUGGGGGCGGGUGUGAUAUCUUAUAUAUAAAUAAUGUGGGAGAGUUGGGGCUUGCCCAGUGUCUGCAUUUGAAGUGACGCCUUUGUCACUGCAUCGCAAUGACAUUUCUGUUUGUUCCUUCCAGCCUGUUUUAAAGAGAUCUAUAAUAAAGUUUGAUACCCUUCAGUUGCA